AUGAUUGAUUCAAAGCAUUCUGGGUUUUCUUCGUGUGAGACAAACUCAUACGUGACUAGGGAAACUUCAGUUAGUAUUACCACAACAGAACGGCAUCAACAAAAGCAAUUUCCCGAUCCGAAUCAGAGCGCAAAAUCACAUAAGCAUAAAAAGAGGCCCUGGAAGAAGUUACUAUGGGUGAAACAAGAUUACGCAGAUAAUUAUACGGACACUUCAUUCCUCUCGCAACUGAAAAGGAAUUCAACAGUUGUCACGUAUUCGUACUGGAGACUUUUUAGAGAUUUCUCGCUAAUAGGGAUGCAUCUUUCCGUCAUAAUGAGCGUGAUCUUGGUGUUUUAUGGAAUUUAUGCCCUUAACUGGGAUCCCGUCAGGCCAACAAUUGUUAGCACCAUCACUACAUUCGUCGGUUUUGUGAUUUAUGCUUUGACACUCAAGAUCAGAAGAAAUAGAGAGUUGAUAAAUCUCCAAAAGAGAAAAAUCGAACAGCUUUCUAAACACAGAUCAGUCAGCCCAUUUUCACGCCCAAAUUCACCCUUAUCGCAGUCUUCCACAGAUACAUUGGACGGAAGUUUGAAUAAUGUCAAUAACAGAAACGUCUCACGUCAUGAUCUCAAUCUUGAGAAAUAUCUUACCGAACCAAGCCCGCCUGAUCAUUUUGGCACGUUCAAAUCGAGUCUAUUGAUAUUGCUCCACCUCCUUACUUUAUCGCCUGUCUUAAAGUCGCUUACCAAUUCGUCCGCCUCAGAUUCAAUUUGGGCUAUUAGUGCUUGGCUCUGCUUUCUCAACAUGUUAUUUAAUGAUUACGUUAUUGAUUUCCCCCGUGUAUCAAGGGUUUCCAGUUUAAAUUCAGUUGACGAUCAGGAUUUACUCAAGCGAAAAUACAAAAGCUCAAACCUAUCGAAAAACAUUGCUUUGUCAAAUGCCAUAGUGCUUGCCUCCCGUCUAAAUUCUAACUUGAGUGCAUUCUGUUAUAUACUUUUUUCUAUCGAGGUGUGUGGGCUCUUUCCUAUCUUUAACAAUUUCACGAGGAGAUGCCAAUUCUGGAAAUUUCACACCAUCCAACUUGCUUCCAUAGUAUUUGGAGUAGACUACUCCAUGUAUCGAAUAUUUGGCCUUGGAUGGAUGGCCUGCUGGGUGAGUUUGCAGCUAUUAAUUGUUGUUGCAGGACCGUUCUACUUCUUGGCAUUGCAGAAAUAUAAGGACGAGCUUCAGGGUCCUUGGGAUACUGCUCAUCCGGUGGUAAAAAGCUUUUAA